UGGCCCCAUUUUACAGACAAGGAAGCUGAGACUUGGGAGGUGUCUCAGCAGGAACUUAAGGAACCAUCCUCUGACUCCAGGUCCACAGCUGUCUCCCAGAAACUGCCUCGGACUCCCAGCCCUCAAAGGGGCAGCUGCCACAUCAGCGGGAUAACCGACAAGGAAGGCAUCCCAUCCGGCCGUUGUGUGUCCCUCUGAACUUUUCCUGCCUGGGAAGAGGCUGAUCCUGGCUUUUGUCUGCCGUGCCGCUGAGGCCCGGCCCUCUCUGCCUGGAGGUGGGGGCCGCCAGGAUGAGCAAGCUGUCUGGGGAGCCGGCCCGUGACCUGGAGCGCAGCCUGCCAGCCGUGGCCUCCCUCGGCUCGUCGUUGUCCCACAGCCAGAGCCUCUCCUCGCGUUUCCUCCCGCCGCCUCGCGAGAAGCGCCGGUCCAUCUCCGACGUCCGCCGCACCUUCUGCCUCUUUGUCACCUUCGACCUGCUUUUCAUCUCCCUGCUCUGGAUCAUUGAGCUGAACACCAACACAGGCAUCCAGAAGAACCUGGAGCAGGAGAUCAUCCACUACAGCUUUAAAACUUCCUUCUUUGACAUCUUGGUCCUGGCCGCCUUCCGCUUCUCCGGACUGCUCCUGGGCUAUGCUGUGCUGCGGCUCCGGCACUGGUGGGUGAUUGCGGUAAGAUGCCACUUUCCUGGCAGCUCUCAGGCCCUGGCGGGGCUGGCGCAAGAGAUGGGAUGGAGGAGGCCUCACUCCCCAGCCUCUGUGUUCGCUCUCUUCCUCCUUCCCUCUCCUGGGCAGGUCACCACGCUGGUGUCCAGUGCAUUCCUCAUUGUCAAGGUCAUCCUCUCUGAGCUGCUCAGCAAAGGGGCCUUCGGCUACUUGCUCCCUAUCGUCUCCUUCGUCCUCGCCUGGUUGGAGACCUGGUUCCUUGACUUCAAAGUCCUACCUCAGGAGGCUGAGGAGGAGCGAUGGUAUCUCGCUGCCCAGGCUGCUGUCGCCCGAGGACCCUUGCUCUUCUCCGGCGCCCUGUCCGAGGGCCAGUUCUAUUCACCCCCAGAAUCCUUUGCAGGGUCUGACAAUGAAUCAGAUGAAGAAGUUGUUGGGAAGAAAGGCUUCUCUGCCCAGGAACGGGAGUACAUCCUCCAGGGGAAGGAGGCUAUGGCGGUGGUGGACCAGAUCUUGGCCCAGGAGGAGAACUGGAAGUUUGAGAAGAAUAAUGAAUAUGGGGACACUGUGUACACCAUCGAGGUUCCCUUUCAUGGCAAGACCUUCAUCCUGAAGACCUUCCUGCCCUGCCCCGCGGAGCUGGUGUACCAGGAGGUGAUCCUGCAGCCCGAGAGGAUGGUGCUGUGGAACAAGACGGUGACAGCCUGCCAGAUCCUGCAGCGAGUAGAAGACAACACCCUCAUCUCCUACGAUGUGUCUUCGGGGGCCGCGGGCGGUGUGGUCUCCCCCAGGGACUUCGUGAACGUCCGACGCAUUGAGCGGCGCAGAGACCGAUACCUGUCAUCGGGCAUCGCCACCACCCACUGCGCCAAGCCCCCGACACACAAAUAUGUCAGGGCCGCCUGCCCCGGUACCUUAUCCACCAGAGCCUCGCAGCCACCAUGUUUGAAUUUGCCUUUCAUCUGCGGCAGCGCAUCGGAGAGCUGGGUGCACGGGCAUGAGCGUGCCCCCUCACCACCCUGCGGGCCAGGGUCCUGUCGCCACGGCCUCCAGAGCCAGAGGAGGGGCCGGUUGGGCCUCCCGCUGCCCACAGAGGACCUGGCCUCAAACAGUGGGGAGGAAGGGGCUUCCUCCCACAGCAGCCCCUCGGCCCCAAGCUGCCACCCUCCACGCGCUUCACUGUGCCUGGAAGCCCUGGCCGUGGGCAGGUCGAGAGCUCAAGCGUCUGACUCUGCCUCUGAGGCCAGUGGGGUCCAUCCUGCCGACGUUUACAUGGCGUCCCUGCCUCCUGGAAGAGGAGAUCCGCUGUCCCCACCUGGCCAGGCCGGGGUCUGGAAUGGGAACCUCGGACUUGGUUGGGGAGGACCCUGGGCAGGACAGAAGUCAGGGCAGCCUUGUCACCAUUGUGAAGGCGCAGGACCCCCUUCUUCCGCCUGCUCUCUCAUCACGGUGUUUUAGGAUUACUUAAAGGGUCUGGGACCUUUUUCCACUUGCACUUGUGGGGGUGUAGGUUGCAGGUGGGAGUGGUGGGUGCUGGCAGGGAGCCUGCCUCUCCCAGGUUCUCUUCAGGUUGCCUCCCCCCCCCCUGCCCCGCCCAGGGCCUCGUUGGGGACCUUUGUAAUUUGAGCCAAUUAAAGACAUGAACUCAAAAAAAAAAA